UUUUGUCAGGCUUCAACAUUCCGCAGUUCGGCUAUCAAAGCAAUUCGUUUCUCUUCAAUUUUCGCCUUCAAAGUCCGUGAGACGUGGAAAACUCACAGGGCAACAUGAAAGAAAGCCGAUUGCAAGAUGGAGAUGAAAGUGCACACUUCGUCUCAAGGUAGCAAGCUGGAAGAGUCGUCGGCUUUGUCAUCUCCGCUGAAGCGGAAAUUUGACAUCGAUGAUGAAUCCAUAUCUUCCUCGCGAACGGCAGACAGAGAAACCGUGCUACCUGCUCCAAAGCGACCUCGAAAAAGCCAAAAGCCAAUAAUUGAGGACUCUGCUUUGCCUGUUCAAUCAGAGCAGUCCGCGGGUGCGAUACAGCAGCAGAGGAUUGCACGCGCCAAAGCCCUUGAUUCAGCUUAUAGUCAUGCCUAUCACUUGAUAUACAACAAGGAGACCAAAAAUGCAUUCGAUCCUCUUGAAGCCUGUACGCCGGCAGAAGAAUCUGCUCUUGAGGAUUCAUACAUUGGUGGCUCCCUGUGGACUGCAGGAGACAAGGAAUCAUUCUUUGAUGCUAUUACGCGAUAUGGAAGCGAUUUGGAUCGAAUCGCCACCGCGGUAGGAAAAACGUCCGCUGAGGUUUCUCUUUAUGUCAACCUUCUUGAACAAGGUGCGGCAGUUCAGCGAGGCUUCCGCCUUGGAAUGGACGAAGUCGAUAUUGAUGCUGCUUUGGAAAUGACCUUAGACAUUCAGGACCUGUUUGAGUCGGUUGCAGAUGGCCUUGCUUGGGAACAGUUCAAGCACGAGAUUGAACAGGAAAUUAAACGACAUGGCGAUGACUGGCUAAUUACCGAUGAUGGCUCUGAGGAAACACUUGUGGAAGCUAUAUGUUCUGCUGAUGAGGAAACACUUGUGGAAGCUAUAAGUUCUGCUGAUCCCACAAAUGCCAUCGCGACAGGGCACAGCAGCAGUCAACAGACGAAGCGUAACAUGGCAGAGACGUGCACCUAUGAAACCACUUCCGAGAAGCAAAUAUCAUCCGACACAGAUCGCCAAACGAAGAGCCUCUUAGGGAACAGUAGCGUCACGAAGGACAAUCUCGUCCCUCCCACAACAUCUACGAGAGUUUCACGAACAAAGCAGAGCAUAACUCAGUCCGCGGAAAUGGCCAAUUCUGCCGUCGUUGAGCCUGAUUAUACAGAAAAUGCUGCUGCCAUCAAUGCAUCUAUUGAUCCCAAUCUCAUCGAUCCUGCUCUUUUGCAUCCAAUGGAUCGUGCAAAUACUGACCCCAAUAUGUUAAAACUUUCGGUUUUGACGGUUGCUGAAAAUGAUACCAAACAGUCUCAUAAAAGAAGUCCUUUAGCAGCUCCAGCUCAUGUGGUUGAUCCAUCGCCGCUGACGAGACUGCAUGCUGUCGAGCAGAGGCGUCUGGUCGACGUACCAGAUGUGGCUAUGGAUGUCGAUUCACGGGCUUAUAAGGUACAAUCUCCAGCGUUGUCAGAGAGUACAAAUUCCGGGAGAGGAAUAAAAAUUUCAGCAACUUCAGCUGCUGAACCUGAAGUGGCGUUCCAUGUGCCGCAAGAAAAAGCUUCUGAGGAUCUUUUUGACUUUGCGAAACUCUCAGAUUCAGAUUCCGCUGCUCCUCUUCUCAAGGCCAAUACUCUUCUCCGACUGUCGAAAUAUAUAUUCAUGAACUCGCGAAACACUGACUGGCGCUGGUCAUCUCACCUCAACACAUUUCCCAUACCUCGAACAAUAAAAAACGUAUCCACCAAUCUCACUUCUUAUCCGCUUGACGGGCCCGCGAUCUUUCGCAGCGCAUAUGACGACCUUUCUAUCAUUGCAGAACAUGUCACACGACGCAUCCUUGCCACUGCACAGUAUCAGGCCCAGUCUCGGAUGCGCGCCGAUGACGACACUAAGGAUUUUGCGCCAGAGUUCGUCACGAUCAUCAAGGAAGAUGUACACACAGCGUGCAAAAUUCUAGGAUUGAAUGUGAACACAUUUGACUACUGGGCUCGGCUUCCCAAUCGCCAUGAUGUAAUUUGGGAGUAUGUCAUCGAGAAUGAUGAAGCGAUCACGGAAGACGAGGAGGAUCAAACGACUAUAGAAUUGCCCUCAGAUGUUGCAUCGGCGUGCUUGAAAACUGCGGGAAUGGAGAAAUUUAAUCUGCUCGACCAAGGUAGACUAGAGGAGAUAAUAGACGAAGGAAUAGACAAGGAUGCGCCUGCUUCAAUCGACGCCAACAUUGGGGGCAUCGAUAGUGAGGUUGAAGAUUCUGAUUACAUGAAUUCCGAUGUGGGCUCAGAUAUAUAUGAUGAAGAUGCCGAGCUUGAGGAUUUCGAUUUGAGGCAGAGCAGAGAAGAAGAGCAAAUAUUGUUGCAGCUGCUCGGCCAAAGUAUGACUGACAUUCACUCCUAG